UUCAAUCAAAACAAUUCCAAGAAUAUGCUACUUGCGUCUACUCCUCCCAAUUCCCAAUCCACCGACUUCAUCAUCAAGCAAUGACAGCAAUUAUCCACCCAAUUUGAUUGGGAACACUAAAUUCAUCGGUGCUUAUCUCAAUCAAUUCCAUGGCGGACUUAAUCCCCCCAUUUCUAUGGCUCCUUUUGUUCACUUUUUCAUGUAAUUGUGUUCAUUCCAUCGAGCAAGGGCAUAUCAACGCCGAAAUAUCCAACAGAGGCCUUGAUUUCCUAAAGGAAUUGCUGAUUGAGAAGGCGGAGUUCGAAAUCGUCCCGCUCGAUCUCCCCAAGAUUGUCAAGUCCGUAAAAAUUCCUGUUAUAGGUACUGUUCAAAUGGCUGCUACCGAUAUUACGAUCGAAACGAUCUACGUGACGUCGUCAACGCUCAAGAGCGGAGAUAGCGGGAUAGUAAUCGAUGUUUCCGGCGCCACCGCCAAUUUGAGCAUGAAUUGGCAGUAUUCGUACAGUAGUUGGUGGCUUCCGGUUUCGGUCUCUGAUAAGGGUAAUGCUACCAUUCAGGUUGAAGGGAUGGAAGUUGGCCUUACACUCAGUCUAGAGGCUGUAGAAGGAUCUCUGAAGGUGACGCUCUUGGAAUGUGGAUGUUAUGUGAAUGGUAUCUCUAUAAAAUUAAACGGGGGAGCAUCGUGGCUCUAUCAAGGGUUGGUGGAUGCUUUUGAGGAUAAAAUUAGUUCUGCUGUUGAAGAUGCGAUUCCAAAGAAAAUAAAAGAUGCAAUAGUGAAGCUUGACAAUGCACUGCAAUCUUUUCCUAAAGAAGUAUCAGUAACUAGCAUUGCUGCAGUGAAUAUUACACUUGUUGGCGAUCCAGCAUUGAAUGAAUUGUCGCUUGACCUUGAUAUUGAUGGGUUAUUCUCAGCCAAAGAUGAAGCUACACUUUCCUGCCCCUAUCACAGAAUAGCACAAGAAUCAGGUUACUGCAAGGAAGCAGAUAAAAUGCUCAAGAUAUCAUUGCAUGAAGACGUGUUCAGGUCAGCAUCAUCAGUUUACUUUGAGGCAAGGAAGAUGCACUGGAUUGUCGACAAAGUACCAGAUCAAUCUCUAUUGAACACAGCUGGUUGGAGGUUCAUCAUUCCCCAGUUGUAUAAGAGGUAUCCAAAUGAUGACAUGAAUCUGAAUCUCACUGUAUCUUCUCCACCAACAAUAGAAGUUGAAAAGCGGCAGAUUAAGGCAAAAAUCCCCUUAGAUGUGGUGAUUAACGUUUUGGAUGGGGGACAAGUUGUACCAGUUGUGUGCAUAUCUGUGAUAAUUGAUGCUUCUGUUAGUCCAGAGAUUUGGGGAAACACUUUAGUUGGAGUCGCAAAAUUAAAUGAAUUCACCAUGUCACUCAACUGGAGUAAGAUUGGUGACUUGCACAUGUCUCUAAUCCAGACACUAAUUUCUGCCACUCUGAGGACUGUGGUGUUGCCGUAUGUCAACUUAAAACUCACCACCGGAUAUCAGAUUCCACCCUUCCAUGGUUACGAGCUUCAAUAUGCCCAACUUCUAUGCACAGAUGCUUGGAUUGUGAUAUGCAGUGAUGUUGCGCCUGCAAAACAGUACAAUCUCAUUUAGUUUCUGUCAAGUGAAGAUAUCUGUUGUGUGCAUUUAAACUGUAUCAACUCCCAGAUGCAAGUUUUCCAGGACCCCCACAUAGACUCUGUUGAUAAAAAUGUGCACAUCGACUUUCUGUUAUAGUCGUGACUGGGACACUGUAUAUACGUUUGGGAUUCACAGUUGUGAAAGCUGAGCCACCACAACGUAGCGCUACUUUUCAAAGAAUUGCUCCUACGGCUCGGUGGGGGGUUUCAUGUUGAAACCAUUUCCUGUAACAUUAGCACUCACAAAUACUCUUUGAAGUUGUCCAAUACUGCUGUCCAUGUAUAUAUGUAACAAUUUGGUUCAAAAUGGAAAUAAUUACAGUUUACCUUGUUUAGAAUAAA